CAUCUCCACACAACACAUGCAGCUCACACACAUGCGCACACAAAUCCCUCGGGACCACCCUUCUUUCUUCUCCCUUUUCGCUCCUCGGCGCAAAGCCGCUUAUUCCUGCCCCCGAUCGUCUUCCGCAUCGUCCGUCUUCCGUCGUCCGUCGUCCGUCGCCCGUCUAUGCUUCGAAGCCAUCUUCAUCCUCCUGCGAUGCCAUCACUCUCCACGCUGCCGUAGCUGUAGCCCUCGCCCUUCAAAGCCAAACGUCCAUCCCGGCAUCAGAGUCCAUCGUCCAGACCUCCCUUUGCCUCCCCUUGGAGCUCCAAACUUUCAAAACUUCAACGUCGCGCCCGCUGUAGCUCGGCCGUUCCUUAUUGGACCACGUGCCUCACUCAUUCCCCGGCGCCACAUCCUCUCAUCCUCGACCUCCACUCCACCGGCUGGCUCUCAUCCUCCUCACUCUCAGUCUCAUCUCAUCCUCACUCACGGUGACUCUCAUCUCACCCCUCACUCACUCGCAUAUCGUGUCGCAUCCCAUCAAACUCGAAAUGGAAGACCUCUUCUCCCUCCCCAUCUUCUUCAUCACCUUCCGCGAGUCCCUCGAGACCGCCAUCAUCGUCUCCGUCCUUCUCGCCUUCAUCAAGCGCACCCUCGCCACCAAGGAUGACCCGGCCCUGCAGCACAAGAUGGAGCGGCAGGUCUGGCUCGGCACCGCCGCCGGCCUCUUCACCUGCGUCAUCAUCGCCAUGGCCAUCAUCAGCGGCAUCCACAGCCUGGGCGCCGACCGCUUCGCCGCCGCCGAGAGCAUCUGGGAGGGCAUCUUCUCCCUCGGCGCCUCCCUCAUCAUCACUGCCAUGGGCGCCGUCCUGCUGCGCGUCACAAAGCUCCAGGACAAGUGGCGCCUCAAGCUGUCCAAGGCCCUGAGCGCCACCGAGUCCCACGACGGGCCCUUCCGCGACCGCCUCAAGUACCUCGGCGAGAAGUACGCCCUGUUCCUGCUGCCCUUCAUCACCGUCCUGCGCGAAGGCUUCGAGGGCGUGCUCUUCAUCGCCGGCGUCGGCGUCAGCGAGACCGCCGCCUCCAUCGCCCUGUCCGCCGUCCUGGGCCUCGCCCUCGGCGCCGUCGUCGGUUACUUCAUCUACAGAGGCUCCAAGACGGCGCCCAUCCAGGUCUUCCUCAUCGUCUCGACCUGUUUCCUGUACCUCAUUGCCGCCGGCCUCUUUUCCAAGGGCGUGUGGCACUUUGAGCAGAAUGAGUGGAACAAGAUCGUCGGAGGCGACGCCGCCGAGCUCGGCUCCGGGCCCGGGUCCUACGACAUCCGCAGAAGUGUCUGGCACGUCAACUGCUGCAACCCCGACCUCAACGGCGGUGGCUUCUGGGGUAUCUUCAACGCCGUCCUCGGCUGGCAGAACUCGGCCACCGUCGGCUCCGUCGUCUCGUACAACCUGUACUGGGUCGCCGUCGCCACGGGCUUCUUCACCAUGAUCUGCCGGGAGAAGGGCUACUGGCCCUUCGCCAGGAAGGAAACCAAGCAGGAGCUGGGCCACGAGGGCGACGACCAAGAGCCGCUUCUCAGCCGGCCCGCGAGGUAAGUCGGCCCACCUUUGCCCGGCGAUCCAGGCGAACGACGGGGGGUACUUGUCCCUCUCCCCGGUCUCUAGCCCCAUGUCCGUGAAACACCGGCAAGAGGUGUUCCAUCACCUCCCAAAGGCGAUUAGUUUUUACUUUUUUGUGUGUGUGGAUCAUGUCGAGAGGUUCACGUCCCGAAAGACGACGACGCCUCGAAGAAACAGUAUAUAUAGUCUCGCGACGUUCAUCAUAUCCUGUACAUACAAAACUAUGUAUCCGGACAUAACCAAAUCUGACCGCACAUCCUGACGUACCUCUCUAGACUCUU